CACAGCUUUCUAUUCCCAUGGAUAAACAGCCUGCGGUGGUGUUUCGAAAUGUGGGGCAACUUUACUUCCCCCAAACCAGAGUGGAGUGCCACUACAGUCUGACCCCUGACCAUCAGUGGAGCAGCAGUGACUGGAUAGGGAUCUUUGAGGUGGGCUGGUCUUCAGUGAAACAGUAUCACACAUAUUCAUGGGCUCUUGUUCCUGAGGGCUACACUGAGGGCACCGGUGUCAACUGCUGUGUAAAUUUUCAGGCGUCCUACCUGCCCCACCCCAGUGCUGUGGAGUAUGAGUUCGUAUAUUUGGAUAGGAUGGGACAGGUGUGUGCCCGUAGUCGCCCCUUCACCUUCUGCGCUCCCAAGCCUCUGGAGGAGCUGGAGACCCUGAAAGAGGAGCGAGACGAGGAGGACGGAGAGGAGGAGCUGCUGCUCGUCGUCCCCAGGGCUCACCUGCUGCAGAGUCGGCUGGAGGAAUGCUUAAAAAAACAAGCAGAGAUACAGCAGGCCCUGGAUGUUACGAAAAAGGAGACAGAGAAAGAGAAGGAGAGCAGCGAAAAAGCAAGGAUGGAGUGGGAGCUUGAAAAGGAAGCAAUGAAAGAGGAGAUCUCAGAGCUCAGAGACAACAUAAGACAAAACUAUGAGACGCUGAAGAAGAUGGAGGGGAAACACAAGGAUGUCACAUACAGUCAGGAAAACCUGACCUCUGAACUCAGUAAACUUACAGCUGAAAAAGCUGAAAGUCAGCAGCGAAUCAAAGACCUCGAGGAGCACAUCAAGGUCCUGAAUGACAGGGAGAAGGAAGGAAACACGGAACUGGAAAGGCUGAAGGAGAGACUGAAGAAAAUGUCCAGUCAAAUGAAACACGAUGAGGAAAAGAGAAAGUCUCUGCAGGCGGAGAACGAGGCAGCUCUAGUGGAGGUACAAGGCCUGCAGCAGCGUCUGGAGGCCGGUGAGCAUUUAGUCGAAAGCCUGCGCCGGGAGCUGAGGGAGCUGGGCACCCAUCAGGGCCACACCCACACCAAGCUGCACCAAGCCCGGCUUCAAGUGGCCCAGCUGACCCUGCAGCUGUCUGAGGAGAACCUGGUUCUCAGGGAGGAACGUGCCAACUGGGCCAUUGAAAGAGAAACAUACAAACAUGCAGCAGAAGCUGAUAAAAAGAAAUUGCAAGAAUGGAACUGUGAGGUGCAGAGGACCGAGGAGUGGCUCCAGGAGGAGAGGACGGAGAGGGAGAAACUAGAAGCAGAGCUUGGGACUGAGCGAGACUGCAAUCGAGUGCUGCUGAGAGAGCUGCAGGAGCUGAGGGCCAUUCUGAGAAAAACCCAGAAAGAGACAGAGGAGCAGCAGGCAGACAAACAGGACCUGGUGAGCUACGCCCGUCAGCUGGAGCAGAAGUUGGUGAUUGUGCCAGAAUCCGAGUCAAAUGGAGAAAUUCCCACAUGUGUCUCUCUCGGCUCUUCCUCUGAGGAUGAGGAAGAGGCUUCCUUACCCUCCCCCAGAUCGAUCAGUUCACUUCUUUUCCUGUCCACUCACCUGGAAUCGCCCAGCAGAGCUGAGAUCCCUGCUGAGACACACAUCCAGGACGAAGAAGGCACGCCAGCCUCUGACACACAGGACAUGAGGAAGCAACACGGUGAGAACAGAGCUGAUGAAGGGAGGCGACUGAUCCUACCACAACUUGCUGACCCCAUCCUGAGUGAGCUGGCAGACUCCCCCAUGUGGUAACCCAAAGGAGGAUGAAGGACGCCAAGUCCCGCGUCUCCCACCACAGUGCAAGUUCAUGUAUGUCAAAGGAAAACCAAGUAGCAUUUUGUGUUUUGUGUUUUUUUGUGUCUGUUCAUACAGAAAAUGGCCUUCAAAAAUGUCAUAAUUUAGAGUGCUUUUACCUAAUAGUAUUGAAAGAAAAGUCUUAAGUCUUUGUAAGUCUUAAGUGGUUUGUUUAUUUUAUUAGUGUAAUACUGGUUUUAUGAUAUUAAGUGUUAUUAACACAGUUUUUCAUAUGCUUCUUAUCUUCAUGCUGUCCUUGAGACUUUAGCAAGAUGACAACAAUUUUCUAAGAAUGUCUUUCGGCUUUAGGCUUCACUUGCAAUUUGUAAUUUUCUAGCUUUUUAGCUGAUAAAAAUGUGAAUAUUUUGCCACCGUGUACAGAAAAGUGUCAAAUGUUGCCAGGAUUAGCUUGAAUUUGGUACACUACAUUUUGCUUUGCUGGCACAUCAGUCCAUAAGCUCUGCAUGUGAGUGUGAAUCCUGAAAAAAAGCGUGGGUGUGUGUGUGUCACAGACGAGUGUGAAAUGUUCUGGGGCAGAUUGUUGAGCACAGAGUCAGGCUGCAAGAACAUGAAGGUUAAUGUUUGAUACUUUCUCUUUAAUAAAAUGCGAUAAUAAAUACAUGUUGAAGGGACUUCUUAUACUGCCUUCCAGUGCGGACAUACUGUUCUUUUAAAGCAUACAACUAGAGGCUUCAAAAGUCUAAAAGUUGCCUUUCCAUCCGGAGAAUUUCAGUGUAAAGGUGUGUGUGAGAAGCGAAGGCAAAGAAGAUGACACCUGGACGCUGAAAGGUCUGAGAACAAAAAAGCGCCUUUAUCAAAAUUCAAGAAAGACAACAACAAAUAACAAAUAAGCAAAAAGAAAAAAUGUAAAAAACAAGGACAGAUCAGCCCAGUCAAUGUGUGUGUGUGUUUUGGUACACGUCCAAUUAAAAUAAAACUCAUGAGAUGUCUGAAUCCCUGAACAUGAA